ACAAUGACAGAUAUUGUUCAGAAACCCUCACAGGUACUGCAUUUAGCAUAAAAACAAUAUGCAAAAUAAAAAUUAAUUUUCGAUUAUUGUGAAUACCUAUUUGGAUCGAUUGACAGACCCAGUUUAAUUAAAUAUAUUUAUUUCAGCUGAAUGUUUGAGAUGUUUCAGGAAACAAUCCAUCCAUUCACAUUCUGCCCUGUUGACUUCCCUACACAACAACACGUCACCGCGGCGUGUUGCAUUCUGGGAAACGUAGUCCGUCCAACGUUGACGUUUGGUGAUUUUCAAUCAUUCACCAAUAGAUGCGUGUUAAAGUAUCUUCUGUCUCUUUUAAAUGAUAGGAACUCAAAUAAAUGUGAACAUGUGGUCAUUCUGAUUCUCGUGUGUGAACAUUUUAAAAGUGAUUACAAAAGCAAAAAACUACAACUCCCACGAUCUUACGUCAUGACGUAGUUACGUUGACCAACGGUCAGUCGCUGAAGAAGAAAGCCGCCGCUUCCGUGUUGUUCUGGUGUUGUUCUGGUGGAUCCGGUGUUCUGGUGUUGUUCUGGUGGAUCCGGUGUGGGUUAUCGGAGCCGCAGCUCGUCUGACAGACUACGAUGAUCCAGUGAAGCUCUCAGUCUGCUCUGCUCUGUGUCUCCGGUCCGUGAUGUCGCUGCUGCAGAGCUCGAAGAGGAGAGACAAGCAGCGGGUUCUGUCCGGCAGCUGUCCGGACCCCAAAUGCCAGGCGCGGCUGUUCUUCCCGGCUCACGGCUCCGGCAGCAUCGAGUGCACCGAGUGCGGGCAACGCCACGAACACAAGAACCUGCUGAACGUGGAGGAGGUGACCGAUCCGGAUGUGGUGCUCCACAACCUGCUCAGAAACGCCCUGCUCGGCGUCACCGGGGCCCCGAAGAAAGGCUCCGAGCUGGUGAAGGUGAUGGGGCUGUCCAACUACCACUGCAAGCUGCUGUCUCCGGUGCUCACCCGCUACGGCAUGGACAAGCAGACCGGCAAGGCCAAGCUGCUGAGGGACAUGAACCAGGGCGAGAUGUUCGACUGCUCUCUGCUGGGAGACAGGGCGUUCCUCAUCGAGCCGGAACAUGUGUCCACCAUGGGCUACGGAAAGGACCGGUCCGGGAGCCUCAUCUACCUCCACGACACCCUGGAGGAGGUCAAGAAGGCCAACGGCAACGGGGAAUGUCUCAUCCCGGUCCACGUUGACGGGGACGGGCACUGCCUGGUCCACGCCGUGUCCAGAGCGCUGGUGGGCAGAGAACUGUUCUGGCACGCCCUGAGGGAGAACCUCAAACAGAACUUCAAGCAGAACCUGGACUGCUACAAGGCCCUCUUUCAGGACUUCAUCGACGCCGCGGAGUGGGAGGACAUCAUCAACGAGUGCGACCCUCUGUUCAUCCCGCCUGAAGGCGUUCCGCUCGGACUGCGCAACAUCCACAUAUUUGGUUUAGCCAACGUCCUCCACCGACCCAUCAUCCUGCUGGACUCCCUGAGCGGCAUGAGGAGCUCCGGGGAUUACUCGGCCACCUUCCUGCCGGGGCUGGUGGCCGAGGAGCAGUGCCGGGGGAAAGACGGGAAGCUCAACAAACCCAUCUGCAUCGCCUGGAGCAGCUCCGGCAGGAACCACUACAUCCCUCUGGUGGGAAUCAAGAACACCGUGCUGCCCAAGCUGCCGGCCCGCCUGCUGCCCAAGGCCUGGGGCGUCCCUCAGGAGCUCAUCAGGAAGUACAUCAAGCUGGAACCGGACGGGAGCUGCGUGAUCGGCGGCGACCGCAGCCUGCAGGACAAAUACCUGAUGCGGCUGGUCAACGCCAUGGAGGAGGUGUUCAUGGAGAAGCACAGCAUCCACCCGUCGCUGGUGGCCGACGUGCACCAGUACGUCUACAGGCGGACCGGCGUGAUCGGCAUCCAGCCCGAGGAGGUGACCGAGGCGGCCAAGAAGUCGGUGAUGGAGAACCGGCUGCACCGCUGCCUGAUCUGCGGCGCCCUGUCCGAGCUCCACGUCCCGCCGGAGUGGCUGGUUCCCGGCGGGAAGCUUUACAACCUGGCCAAGUCCACUCACGGCCAGCUGCGGCCGGACAAGAACUACAGCUUCCCCCUCAACAACGUGGUCUGCUCCUACGACCCCCAGAGAGACGUCCUCGUCCCCGAUUACAAACUGAGCUCCCUCAACACCUGCAACUGGUGUCACGGCACGUCGGUCCGCCACAUCCGCGGCAACGGGUCGGUGGUUUACCUGGACGGGGACAGAACCAACACCCGCUCCCAGGGAGGGAAGUGCGGGUGCGGCUUCAAGCAUUUCUGGGAGGCGAAGGAGUACGACAACCUCCCCGAGGCCUUCCCCAUCACGCUGGAGUGGGGGGGUCGGGUGGUGAGAGAGACGGUGUACUGGUUCCAGUACGAGACCGAGCCGGCUCUGAACAGCAACGUGUACGACGUGGCCAUGAAGCUGGUCACCAAGCACUUCCCGGGGGAGUUCGGCAGCGAGAUCCUGGUGCAGAAAGUAGUCAACACCAUCCUGCAUCACACCGCCAAGAAGAACCCGGACGAAUACAACCCGGUGUCCAUCGACGGGGCUCACGUCCAGCGUCUCACCGACGCCGCGGAGACCCCGCAGGCGCCGGACCUCCAGCCGCCCACUAAGAUCAUCCUGACCGGUCAGAAAGCGAAGACGCUCCACAAGGAGGAGCUGACGAUGAGCCGGGCGGAGCGCAGCAUCCAGCAGAGCAUCAGCGAGCAGGCGCUCGUCACGCAGAAGAGACGGACCGACAAGCUGAAGCCGGAGCAGAAGGGCCACGGCCGGACGGCUUCUCCCGGCGGGUCUUCGGCUCCGGCCACGCCCACCAAAUCCUCCUCCUCCCCCUCCUCGUCCAAUAAGGAGAAGAAGAUCCGCGUGACCACCAGCGACGGCAGGCAGGCCAUGCUGACCCUGCAGGCCCACACCACCUUCCCGGAGCUGCAGAGGAGCAUCGCCAACCAGUUCGGCGUGCCGCCGGCGCAGCAGUUCAUCCGCUACGGCUUCCCGCCCAAAGAGCUGCUCCCUCCGAAGGACGGCGAGGAGAACGAGCCGGUGGUGGCGCUGCAGCACGGCGACAAGGUGACGGUGGAGAUACUGAGGGGCCCCGAGGACAAGGGCCCCGCCGCGGCCUCCAUACCCCGAGCCUCCAGCUCGCACUCCGCCCUGCACUCGGUGAAGAGCGAGGACGCCGUGACGUCGGGGAGGACGAGCGGCCGCGAACUGCAGGACAGCAUCGACCUCGAGAUGUCCUCCCUCUGUCUCCUAGCAACCUUGAUGGGUGAGGACGUUUGGUCGUACGCUAAGAAGCUGCCGCACUUGUUCCAGCAGGGCGGCGUCUUCUACAACAUCGUCAAGAAGGACAUGGGCCUGAUGGACGGGAAGCACUGCACGCUGCCUCACCUGACGGGGAAGACCUUCGUUUACAACGCAGCAGAGGAGCGUCUGGAGCUCUGCGUGGACGCCGCCGGUCACUUCCCCGUCGGCCCCGAGGUGGAGGAGCUGGUGAAGGAGGCGCUGCUCCAGCUGCGCUCCGAGGCGUCCACCAGGGGCAGCAGAGAGGGGAGCCCGUCCCAUGGCUUGCUGCGGCUGGGCAGCGGCGGCGUCGUCCGUAAGAAGGAGCAGCUGCAGAGCGUCACCGCCUUCCAGGGUAAAGGCCACUCUCUGGGCAGCGCCGGGGGCUCCUCCCCUCCGGAGCACCGGCCUAUCACGCGCCAGCACAGCAGCGGCGUGGACCUGAGCGCCAGCGUGUCCCGAGGACCCCCGGACCUGUCGGACAUCCCCGAGGACGCCACCAGGGAGCUGGUCCGCAUGGCUCCGGGCUUCGUCACCAUGAAGGACGGUCGCGGUCUGGACCCCGGCCUGAUGGAGCAGCAGCGGAGGAAGCUGCAGGAGAUGGUCUCCUCCAUCCAGGCCUCCAUGGAACGCCACCUGAGAGAGCAGCAGAACGCCGCCGCCGCCGCCCCAGGGGGCGGGGCCAGCCAGGAGCGGACAGGCGGGACUAAGGCGGGCGCCGGCCAACCGACGUCCGCGGUCGACGACGAACCUCCAGCUGCAGCAGGCGUGGCGGCCGGCAAACCGGACGGGAAGGCGGAGGAACCGGAGGAGAUGGAGAGUCAGGAAGCCGGGCAGAGCAACGCCAUCGAACCCAUGGAUCACUCCUGAUCACUCCUGACCCCCCAGCACCGCCCCGCCCCCCCCCGCCCCGCCUCGCCGGCAUCUUUGGGUCAGAACGCCUCAGGUCGGAUCCUAAAGCUUUGGUCUUCAUCGUGUUUCGUUGUCUUUACUGCAUGACUAAAGAGCGAGCCGACCGUCCUCACCUCUCUGCAGAAUCGCGGUGGGACAAUAACCCGUACGGCGAUACAUUGCGCCGCGCUCGCCGCGACACAUCAUCGACACUCUCACGACGAUACCACACUUCUGUUGCUGUGAAACUCUAUGCACUCUCUCAUCUCCGCUGACGCCUCACAGCGCCGUGAAUAACGAGCUGCUUCUGAGAGGAAUUAUUUUGCCUUUUAAAGAUAAGUUCUUCUCAGUCGAUGAUGUAUCGUGAACGACCGUCUCGCAAUAUGUGGCGGAGCGGCCUGCGUGGUGACGGGAUUCUUUAGCGCCGUGAUUCCCAACCUGCAGACUCCUCUCGCCGCAAAACACGCGCCGACGUCCCGAGGCCGCUCGGGGUUCAGGUGCGAGACGCAUUCCUGUAGAUAAGAAGAAUCCUCCGAGUCUUAAUCUGCCACCAGGAGGCGAGCCGCUGGUCGCCGGCAGCGUAAUGUCCUGCAAAACAUGCUUCCGUCAAAGUGCACGCUCCUGAGACGUGCACCAGCCUCUGUACGCAUCAACGCCUUCAUCGCCGAAAUCUGCUUUUCCCACCGUCUGUCCGUCCGUCCGUCCGUCUGUCCGUCUGAGGACCGCGGGGAGAACUCUGGAUCUGUGUUUGCUUGACUGCCUGUCUCUCCUCCCCGACGGUCACCGCUUAAAGGUCGACAUUAAAUGUUCUUGUUUCCCAAAACGCAGCGAGAGCACCUGAAUCCAACUUCAGACCGACCUGAGCCUCCUGCAGGUAAAGAGUGUUUCCGGUUCUUUACAUUUGAAUCCUCUAAACUGUUUGUUUACGGCUCGACACAGAGGAAACCUUACACAUAUAUAUCACUUUAUCAGUUUGGGCGUGACAACAAAUGUCAAAGAUACAUCAUUUAGAUCAUUUUUCCUGCAAGAGAGAAGCCUAUUUUUACGCACAAACUCCUUUACGACCAAAUUUCCUCAUGAAAAAUAUUUGAUAAUCAUACCUGCCAACCUCCCAGGUGUUCCCGGGAGACAUCGCCCUCUCCCGGUUUCCUCCCGGAGUCACACUUCUCCCGUAUUUCUCCCGAUUUAUGACAAAUGUUCACACUUCCCAUGUUUUCUGGCGAUGUACAGCGUCUGUAAUCUCUACCGUUUCCACCCGGACGACAACAGAGCUCCACCUGAUGUCCAGAGCGGUCUCUGCUCGUGACACAGUGCAGUUUGAGCGCGCAGCGCGAAAAGUCUGGCUUUGCUCGACGCGGUGAAAAGCCGUUGUGGCGUGGUGCGGCGUGUUCCGUUAGAAAUAAGGUGGUUCAGAGUUCAGUGGUGGCGUUGUGGCGUUGUGUCUGAAAGGACCUUCAGUGAGUGAGAGAAGGAGAGAAAGAAAUACUCAAGCGGGUACAAAAAGAAUAAAAACUGAUAAAUAUUAGGUUUACGCCAGAGGAGCCAGAUAUUCAGGUUUCUUUCCUGAGAAUUAAAAGUAAAAGUUUAACAUAAAAUGCUGCAGUGUUCUUAUUAUUUACUUAUUUUCACUCUUUAAAAGUCUCCAGAAUGCAGGAAACAAACUCUCUGAGUUUUUCCUUGAGGUUGUCUAAGUACGCUGAAAAAGGGAAACAGGAAGAGCGAGGACGGCGGAUAAACGAGCCGUCGCUACGAGACGUACGUGAAACGUUUUCACGCCGCUCUCACUCACCGCUUAGCUUCAUUCCAGAUGUUCACGUCACUGUGAAAACAUCUGGAACGAGCAGAUGAGACGAAGAUGAACAAUGACGAUUUUACUCGUCGGCUUGUGCUUUCCUCGCGUACGUUUUCUCGUCUCGUGCACAUAUCAGCCAAUCAGAAAAGGCCUCCGAAAAGGGGCAGACUAGAGCCGACGGUGGCGGAGGGACACACCGCAAAAACUAGACCGAAACCCAAACUGUCCGCCGGCCGGCCGCCCGUUGGCUCCGUGUGUCAGGACCUUAAAAAGUGAACUAGUGAGUGAGGUGGAAGCCGAUCCACGAGGCGCUUCACAUCUAAAAACCAAAAAAAACACGAGCCUAAUGCAUCUUUGCACUCUUGGCGUUCUAAAUGCCCAAAUAUCAAAAUGUUACGAGUUUCUUUAGUCACGAAAAAGAAUCAUUUAUUUUUUAUAUUUUCUACUUUUAUUUGAAAUGCAAGUUGCUGAAAGGGCGUUAAGGAGUUAACGUUGGCCAGUGGGACGUAAUAGAAGAUUAAUGAGGAAGUGGUUUCUCUGUUAAAGCUUCAGCUCUGCUCUGAAGCGUAUUUCUGUAGUCCGAACAGGAAGUGAUCAUCUCCCUGGUUCCCUCCACUAACAGCCAAUGGGAUCUCUCCAUUGGGUUUCGGACAGAUUAAAAAUGUCCCAGUGGGAAUAUUUACUGACGUAUUUUACGUCGUAGAACAAAAUGUCAAACCGACCAAACGGCCUGAUUUCAGAUUUCUAACUAAACAACCCGCUGACUUCCAGACGACGGAACAGGAAGUGACAUCACGCCUACUCAUUUCUGGGUUUUACGGACUCGACUCUGAUUGGUCCGCACAGACACAAAGUUGUUGUUUUUCCUGAUGGUCAGCACGAAGUCAGUUCGUAUGUAGUCCCCGUGAUAGUGAACCAGGAGGUAUAGAGAGUGGCGUAGGGAGGAGGUCGGGGUGGAUGGAUGGGUCUAAAAACACCAAGUAGACCGGCGUUCGUGUCGCGUGUGAAACCAGAAGUCAACGUUGAUUUUAGUUAUUUGAACCCAAACCACCAUCUUGUCCUAAACCUAACGAAGUAGUUUUGUUGCCUAAACAUAACCAAGCUGACGUUUCCUUAAAGGGACUGUAUAUACGUUUUUACACGUGUAUCCAUGGAGUUUGUGUCGGAGUCUGACUUCCUGUGGAGGCUGGUUGUUUAUUUUCUAACCGAACGUUAUCUAUAGUUGCACACUGUAAAAUGAAAGGCACUCUCGAGCGUGCAUGGCGUCACAUCCGUUGGAUUUUACAGAGAAAAACAAAUGAAAUAUGUCCCCGUUCUUCCCAUUAAAAGCCGUCUGCAGGCUGACAGAGGAGAGGAAACCCCAGACAGUUGCAGAAGGUCUCAUUUUUCUUUUUAGGUUAAGUUACAACCUGUUCACAUAUUGGCACUAAAAAGGAUUAAAACACGUUCAUACAGUCCCUUUAAGCCUGACUAAGUAGUUUUAUUUUGAAAAGACCGGAGUAGAAAUGAACGUUGCUUCAGCAAAAUACGUCGCUGGAAGUCGUGCUGAGCGUCACAAAAACAAAAAGGGAAGUUGGUGUUGAUAUAUAGAAUCAUUAAGUCUGAUGACUAUUUCACAAACUGCCGUCAGACUGUUGGAUGAUCACACACUGUGAAACACGCUGCUACAAUAAUCACUCAGUGCAGCGGUGUUUCUGUCGGCCGGCUGCGUUCAUCCGGUCGUUCGCACCGAAACAGGAAACGCAAGCUUUUAACUGAGUCAAUAGGAGAGUUUGAUGUGACCGCACCGGCACCGUCAUGAGCUCCCAUUUAAAAAAGAAACCAGUUUAAAAACGUGUGUGGAACGAGACAUUUGGCCCGCCAGCGUCUGUCGGUAACGCUUCAUUCUACAGGUCUGCAUAUUUCACGGUAAUUAGGUGAUAAGUAUUUUAAAUUUCUUUGGAAUUACUCCGACAUUUACCUCAACAUGUAUCGAACAUUACUUUAUAUAAACGUUAUUUAAUAAUUAUAGUCCUCUAUUUCCUAAUAGCUGGUAAUUUAUUUAAUACAGUUCCAGGAAAAGAAUACAAAGUUAAUUGAUAUAUCCAUGUUUGCUGAUAAAUAUAUAAUAAUUAUCAAAUAACUUAUUUGAAAUGUCUUAAAAACGUCCCUGAAUCAGGACAUCUGUGUCGACAAUCAGUCACAUAUGACUGUCAUAUGCUAUUUUAGCAUAUAAUUAUUAAGUCAUGUUUAUAUUAAUGUAAUUUUCGAUACAUUUUGAGGUAAAUAUUGGUACUUUUUUUAAAGAGUUUUUGUGAAAUACGCUUAUUCUGUUUCUUUUUGGAGUUAGAGGUUCAGAUCGGCGCUGCUCUCAGAUUAGCUUAGCUUAGCACAAAGACUGGAAGCAGGUGGAAACAGCUAGCCUGGCUCCGUCCAGCCCGUCUGAGGCUCACCGAUGAUUAACACGUUAUAUCUCCUUUGUUUAAUUUGUACAAGACUGUAUGCUAAGCUAAGCUAACCAAUCACAAACCAUCACAUGACAAAUACGCAGGUUUUUCUUUCUCUAAAUCUUGAACUGUUCCUUUAAAACGACAGGAAGUCACUUUACACUUUUGUUGCCAUCAGAAUGUUUUUGCUCGUCUCCGUGUCGUUGUUGGGGGAACUGAUCGUCAGGCCUUAAGAUCUGAUCACUUCACACUAAAUCUAUUAGUUUUAUAAUGAGGUUCUGUUUUUGUUUUACUUUUAAAUGUUUUACUUUAAUUUAAAUCCUCAUGUUUGACCUUUAAAGAAAAUCUCUUAGUUUGAUGUUUUUUUUGGUUUUCUGGCGAAAAUAAUUCUCAAAAUGUGAAUCAGUGCUUUUGUUUUUGUACGGAAGCCCUGAAAGGCUUUUUCUGGUGAUCCAUUUUCUAAGUCUGAUGUAAAUAAUUUCCUCUCCUGUGUUUAAGACUUAAGAACAGAUGAAAACAUGUUUUCCCAGGAUGAUAUUUUUUUAGUUUCUGUGAAACAGAUGGGAAAAAAAAUAUCAGGCUGAUUUUUCUAAUUAUCUUUUUUUUUUUUUGCCUCUUAGUGAAAACAGGUGGAAGAAAAUUUACGCUAACGGCCGAUUGAAAUACAUUUCUAACCAAAAGAAAGACUUAGCAGUAAUGUAAGAGUGUAUGUGAAUGACAUAAACUGGCAGGAAGUAAACAAAGAACCUAGCUGUUGCCUAGCAACGCAAUGCCGUUGAAAACGGUCUAUACUACGUUGUGUUUAGAGUUCAUGGAGACAUUAAAACUCACCUGGAAGAAAACCUGAAUGCUCAGUCCUAUUUAGAACUAUGGGGUUGUGGUGCCCUCUGGUGGUCGUAAUGAGUAGAAAUAAAUCACUUGUUUUCACACAGGAAAAAAAAUAAUUCAGAAAAAUCAGCCUUAUUUCUUUUUUUCACUUUUCUUUCAGCCUAAAAAAUGUGUUCCACUUGUUUUCUCACAAUGGCAAAAAAAAGUAUCUUAGAAAAAUCAGCCUAAAACAAAUCACUUGUUUUCACAGACACAUAAAAAACAAUUUAGAAAAAUCGGCCAGAUUGUUUUCACCUGUUUUCACUCAG